GUGUCAUCUGAUGCUAGAUUAAGUGAAAGACCACACGGUACUCUCAAACAGAGUCGUAAGCAUUUUCUCCAUGUGUAUGAGCAACAUUGGGUAACGCAUCUAUUUAAAUCACUCUCUGUGUUCUCUUUGGCUUCAUCAACAUUCCGACAAGAAAAAAAGAAAAAGAUCGUUAUGACAGUCAACGCAGAAAACAUCAUUCCGACAAGAACGCAUGUCUUGAUCUUCCCAUUUCCGGCACAAGGUCACAUGAUUCCCCUCUUCGACCUCACCCACCGUCUCGCUAUCCGCGGCGGCUCCGCCUUAAAAAUCACCGUCUUAGUCACUCCAAAGAACCUUCCUUUCCUCUCUCCUCUCCUCUCCGCCGGUCUCAACAUCGAAGCUCUCACCCUCCCUUUCCCCUCUCACCCUUCAAUCCCCUCCGGCAUCGAAAACGUCCAAGACCUACCUCCUUCCGGCUUCCCCACCAUGAUCCACGCGCUCGGUGGUCUCCACGCGCCGCUUCUCUCUUGGAUCACGACUCACCCUUCUCCUCCUGUAGCCAUCGUCUCUGACUUCUUCCUAGGAUGGACUCAACACCUCGGGAUCCCUCGUGUCGAGUUCUCUCCUUCCGCCGCCGUCACUUGCUGCAUCCUCAACACUCUUUGGAUCGAGAUGCCAACCAUCGGAGGCGAUGAUGAGAUUCUCGAGUUUACCAAGAUCCCGAACUCUUGGAGAUACUCUUGGUCUCAGAUCUCUUCGAUCUACCUAAGCUAUGUUGAUGGAGACAAAGCUUGGGAGUUCAUAAGAGACUCGUUCAGAGACAACGCGGCGAGUUGGGGACUCGUCGUGAACUCUUUCGCCGACAUGGAAAGUGUUUACCUCGCACACCUGAAGAAAGAGAUGGGCCAUGAUCGUGUAUGGGCCGUAGGCCCAGUUCUUCCGGUGUCCCAGGGUGAUCGUGGUGGUCGGACAUCAGUUUCUGUCGAUCACAUGAUGUCGUGGCUAGACGCACGUGCGGAUAACAACGUGGUUUAUGUGUGCUUCGGAAGUCAAGUUCUGUUGACUGAAGAGCAGACUCUCGCUCUCGCUUCUGCGCUUGAGAAAAGCGGCGUGCAUUUCGUUUGGGCCGUCAAGGAGCCCGUGGAGAGAGAUUCGUCACGUGGCAACAUCCUGGAUGGUUUUGAAGAUCGUGUGGCUGGGAGGGGUCUGGUGAUCAGAGGAUGGGCCCCACAAGUGGCUGUCCUACAGCACAGAGCCGUGGGAGCGUUUCUAACGCAUUGCGGUUGGAACUCAGUGGUGGAGGCGGUUGUCGCCGGCGUUCUGAUGCUGACGUGGCCGAUGCGAGCGGACCAGUAUACAGACGCGACUCUGGUGGUGGACGAGUUGAAAGUGGGCGUUCGUGCCUGUGAAGGACCAGACACAGUGCCUGACCCGGUGGAGUUAGCUAGAGUUUUUGUUGAUUCCGUCCCCGGGAAGCAAACGCAGAGGAUACGAGCCAUGAAGCUGAGGGAAGCAGCGUUGGAUGCGAUCGUUAACCAAGAACGUGGAAGCUCGGUUAAGGAUAUGGAUGGAUUCAUCGAACAAAUCGUUAGCUUAGGACAAAAGAAAUGAUGCAAUCUAUGAGAGUGUACUCUGUUUUUUUUUUUUUUUUUUUUU